AUAUUGGAUUAUAAAAUGGAAGCUAAAGAAUUGAAUGUGCCAGCAAACAUAAGAGAUAAAUAUCUGAAAGUUCGAAAAAUAUUAGAUGAACAAGGAGUGAAUAAUUCAAAUGAACUUUAUGAAGCUACAAAGAUUUUAAAGGAGAUUAUAGAAGAACUCAACAUUAAGCUGACUGGUUCAAUAGAACCAAAGAAUGAGAUAAUUAUGCUCGCAAUAACUCAUUUAAAUUUAGGCAUAAUACAUUUAGACUCUGAAGAGACAAAAUCUGCUGAGGAACAAUUUAUAAUGUGUACUGAUUUAUUGGAAGACAGAGAACUAGAACCUGGAAGCAUCUUACCAAUGAUAAGUGCCCUCAAUCAACUGGGUAUACUAUAUGCACAGUGGAGUGAGCCAAUGAAAGCUAAGGUUGCUUUGGAAAAGGCUGAGAAACUGUAUAUUGAAUUCACAGAAAAUAUUCGACUCGCUCCAGUUAAUGUGGCAGUUGCGAUGGGCAUGAAUACAGGAGGAUUGAGCGCUGAGAAUUUCCUGGAGAAACUUCAUACCUUAAGUUUGUAUUAUCUUGCACAAGUGUAUAAUACACUGGACGACAAGGACAGGUUUGCAGCAUACUGUCACAAGACAUUGAACAUGCAGCUCAGUCAGGAAGAUGUGGAUUAUAUAGACUGGGCUUUAAAUGCUGCAACAUUAUCUCAAUAUUUCAUAGGGCAUGAUAAUUUUUCUCAAGCAAGGUAUCAUCUAGCUGCAGCAUCCCACAUAUUACAGAAACAUCAGAAUAUAUUAGAGGCAAAGGGCCAAAAGGAGAGCAGCGAGAGCAUCGCUGCGGAAUAUGAAACUUAUUAUCAUAGAUCUGCGGACGUUGCUAGGUGUUGGGUAAAGUAUGGUAUAACUCUACUGAGCGCGUCCAAAGAACGACUGCUGAGAAGAGUUGAUCAGGAAGAUCAAUGCUCGUCGGACGAUUUGAACUCUGGGGCAACGGAAUCUACAAAACCUACAGUGGAACUUAUGAGAUUCGUGGACAUAGAGCCAGAGUUGGAGACCAUCACUGGCCAGGUUACGGAUCAGUACCUGCUCGACUUCGAGGACGCCAGACCGGUGUUCCUGAACGUGCAAAAGUGGUUGGACAAGGCGAAGGCGUACUAUACUUUGGAGAAUCAUGCGUCCGACUAUGCGCGCAUCAUACAAGACAUCUCGCAGCUGUACAGGUACCUGUCGUUCUAUGAAUUGCACGAGGACAGGCAAGCAAAGAUGCACAAGCGACGGAUCGACGUUCUCGAAGGUGUGAUCAAGGAACUGAAUCCCCAGUAUUACCGCGCUGUCUGCCGAGAGAUUUGGAUCGAGCUGGGUGAGACAUAUUCGGAGAUUCUGAACAUUAAGAUGGAUCGUUUGCAGGCGUCUGACGAAAAGCCUACCCUUCACAUGAUAACGAAGAUCAAUCAUCUGUCGAAGGGCAGCAUAAGCCACUUCCGCUCAUAUCUAGAUUCACUGGAGACCGGCAAAUCCGAUGAUGGAGUUCCAAAGUAUUCGGACGACCAGCUAUAUCAAGCAUUGUAUACUCAUUUUCUCAUAGGCAGGCUGUACAACAAGACUAUCACUUCCGAUUUGGGGCUGAGGAUAGAGAACAUGCAAAAGAGUCUCGACGCUUAUCAGUUUAUCGUGAAUUAUUGUGACAAGUAUCCGGAGAAGGCGGAGGAGCUGAAGAAACACGAGUUCAUAAGUCUGUGCAGAGAGUUCGUCGGUCUGCUGCCGCUUACGCUACACAGAUUAAAACAACAACUGAUAGAUUAAUAGAUGGAUAUCUUUUUUACGAUUGUAUAUUUAUUU